AAUAAUCAGUGGAAAGGGCAGCAGAAUCAGAAUAACAACAUACAAAAUAGAAAUUGGAACCAACAAGGCUUUCCUAAUCAACAGAGACAGGGCCCCAUAGUUUGCUAUGGAUGUGGUCAGGAGGGGCACAUAAAAAGACGGUGUCCAAACGCCCAAGGGAUGUACCCAGGUAACCAGGGGACCUGGGUACCUAAUCAGCCUCAGCAAUCGCAGGGUUACCCCAACUGGGCCCCACCUCCCCAGGCUAGGCCCUCAUAUCAGAGUGGGGGACCUGUAAAUUACCAAGGUGCCCAAUAGGGGUGCCCAGAGAACCCAGGCAGAGUAGGACAGCAUGUAAUGAUAACAAACGGGCCAGAACAAGAACCUAUAAUAAAUGUACAAAUCGGAGGAAAAAUUGUCCCCAUGAUGAUAGAUACGGGACAUGCACAUGCAUUAGGAAAGAAUAUGCCUCACAUCUGCCACUGUCGGGAGAAGUUAUUCAAACAGUAGGGUUCUCGGGGAAAACAAUGUUAAGCCCGACCACAAAACCGGUAUUAAUAAAAAUAGGCGCAAAAGAAGCAAAAUUAGAGGUAGUAGUAUGCAAAAAUUCCCCUGUCAGCCUUCUAGGAAGAGAUGCAAUUCUGGCCUUAGGACUAAAAUUAAACUGUGAAGGAGGGGGCAUAGAUUUAACAGGAAUGGACUAUGUGAGAAGUGAAAACCUCCACAUGGCAAAUGUAUAUUGGGUAGGGGAUAUUGAGACACAAGUAAAAGACCAAGUGUGGAGCACUUGGCAAAAAUAUGUUGAGGCUCAGAUCCCGCAGGCAACUGAGCCAGAAUAUGACUUACAUUGUACAAUGAGGUUUGAUCCCUACCAGGAUCCAGAUCUAGAAAGAGAGUGGAGUAAGGGAAAAGGAGAAAGACAAAAUUUGGUGUCAACUGCGCUCCUGAUAGGACAGGAAGGAGCAGCAUUAAACAUAGGAAGGACCCCAUGGAUUGAGCAGUGGUUUCAGGAGGAACAUGCGGCCCCACACAUAAUGUUAAAAGUCAAUCCAGGGUACCAAGCUAAGGACUUAGGUCCUAUGGUUAAGAGAGCAGAAGAGCUCAAAUUCGGGCCAACAGAAAAUUCUUUAACUUGGUGCACAACAGAUCAAAAAAUGAUCAAAAUUAUGGUAAGUGCUCAGAUGUGGGGAAAACCCCAAAUGGUGAGGGUACCGUGGGAAGAGGGUACAAAACGGGAGAAAUCUGGAGAAAAUUUGGGCAUAGAAGAACAUUUAGACCAAUUACCAAGCCAACUAUGGUCGCAACAUGACACUGAUGUAGGUAAAGUGAAAUCGGCAAACCCGGUUGAAGUGUACAUAAAACCAGACUGUAAAGGUCCAUUUAAAUUACAAUAUCCUUUAAAAAGAGAAGCAGUGGAGGGAGUGAGAAAACCCAUAGAAGGUCUGUUAAAAUCAGGAGUGCUUAGAACAACGCAAAGUCCAUAUAAUACGCCUUUACUGCCUGAACAAAAAGCAGAUGGGGAAAAAUGGAGAUUGGUGCAUGAUCUGAGAGCAGUAAAUGAUGUAGUGCAGGAAAUGACGGCAGAAGUGCCUAAUCCUCAUACUUUGUUAACCAAUGUUCCUCAUACUGCAAAAUGGUUUACAGUAAUAGAUCUGUGUUCUGCUUUUUUCAGCGUUCCGUUGGCCAAACAAAGCCAAGAGCUGUUUGCCUUUACAUUUGAAAACCGGCAAUAUACGUACAACAGAAUGCCGCAGGGGUUUAAACAUUCGCCGCAUGUGUUCAACCAAGUGUUAAAAGAUGACUUACAAGGUUUGGACCUCAAAAGUGUGGUGUUGCAAUAUGUUGAUGACUUAUUAAUAUGUGCAGAUACAAAAGAGCAGUGCAUAAGCGACAGCAUGAAACUGCUGGAGAAACUGGCAAAGGGUGUCCAGGAAGAAGCUGCAGCUCUGCUCUCAGGAGGUGGAGUACUUGGGAAGAGUAAUCACGGCUGGCGGCAUCCAAUUGGUGUCGUACAGGGUGACUAACGCAGGAGCCAGGCGCCAGACGGGUGAUUCCAGUUUCCGGCGGACGCUGUCACAGUCCAGGGAGACAGGGAGAGCGGAGGGACAGCAGGCGCUGACACCAGCCCAGGGAGCAACAGCACCAACAGUGCCCCUACGGGUCCAGUACGAGAAUCGCAAGCCGGCUUUCCAGUGGAGUGACGUGCAGACCGCAUACUCUGGUUGGAAGAUAUACCAGGAGCCCACCAACUAUGAGGACUGCGGCAAAUCAUCGUGCUACGAAUCAACGUGUUAAGAAAAUUAAAGGAGUGUAUGAUAACUUUGUUGGGUCAGAAGGUCAAUAAGAAUACAGCGAGGGGAGUCAUUCGGGGCCAUAAGAUCUGACCCCGAAAGGGGGGAAUGUAGGAAAAUUUUGAGACUCCCCAUGAUUGAGAUGACGUCACAUGUUAAAGUUAGGGAAUUCCCAUCAAU